CCCGUACCCGUACUUUUCACCCCCAUCCACCCUCUGACCCCAUUUCCUAACUUCCUCAUUCUCUCACUUACUUUUCCCCUUCUGCGUUCCCUCUUUUGUUACGCAGAUAUUCUGCUGUGACCCGAGGACCAUCGAUGGCUAUGCAUCUUGCUAGCAUGGUACACGGCAGCGGGAGGGAACGUGAGGCGCCCGUUCAUCAUCGUCAUCUUCACCAACAUUCGAAUUUCUAUCCUCAUCCUCAGCAGCCGCUCCAGCGAGUGUACGAAGUACCCACCAGCGUUGCGGCGAGCCCAUACUCCCAUCUGCAGACCACCGAAUAUCAGUUUCAGCGCCACCCGCAGUCCCCACCAUCGCCACCAGUCGAGGAGCAGAAGCCUUCAUUGCCCUCGAUAUCAAGUCUCCUAGUCAUUGCAGGUGACGCUGAGAAGGCCGCGUCCGAAACAGCAGGCCAAAGUCCCAAGUCACAGCAAAACCAGUUCCAGCAACAACAGCAGUCAUCUCCCCAGAUCAAGCAGGAGCCGCAGAGAGCAGCCCAGCAAGUGCAUCAGGCAGAGAGCCGUCCCGACCAAGCGGCGCAUGCUUUCGGUCCUGCGAUCGUGAGCAACCCCAGAAUGACCCUGCCUCCUACGCCUCCAAUGCAGCCGGACUCGGUGGUUGACGGCAACCAGUCUCCGUCGGCUGCAUCUAGUCACUCAGCCGUCUCCGCGCCGUACUUCCUGGGCCAGUCUCUAAACAACAUGGAGCCUCACCAACAGCGGCAGAACGUCCCAUCCGCACCACCAGGAAAGCGCCACUCACUACCUUCCCAGCCUUCAAUGUCUCCUUACAACGCUUCCGCGUAUUCUCACUCUCCGUACGCCGCCUCUCCGGGCGCAGCUUCCACUGGAUCCUUCUACUCACCCGAAACACAUGCCUUCAACUCGGUCGGCAUGUACGGACAGCGACCUCUCCCAUCCAACUUCCAGCCGCAGACUAUGCCACUACCAGUCCCAACAGGCACGGCAAAUGGAUCUAACCCGUGGCAGCACCACCACUAUAUCAGCGCGUCCAGCCAAGCGGCCUUCCCGCAAUCUCAGGAUCGCUAUAUUUGUUCCACCUGCAACAAAGCAUUUUCGCGACCAAGCAGCCUUCGGAUUCAUAGCCAUAGCCAUACGGGCGAGAAGCCUUACAAGUGCCCACAACCUGGCUGUGGGAAGGCUUUCAGUGUACGCAGCAACAUGAAACGACAUGAGCGGGGCUGCCAUGCUUCAGCAAGCACCUCCAUAACGACGGCAUCAUGAAACUUAUCAAAUUCUCAACAUUGUAUCGGAAAGUGGGCGAGGUUCUGCUUUGGCGUUGUUCGGUCCGGCUUCGGUUGACUGCGAAUGUACCUGGAUUCAGCGAGGGGGAAUUCAUUCGUUUCUGGCAUUCAUUGCCCAGCGUGAUACCAUCGGACGGCACCUUACUCGGCGUUCACUAUGGGAGGCGUUCAAUCCAUUUUUCUCAGCAUAUUCACCG